AUUGUUUUUUCCCCGAAGGAGAAGCACAUCGCUUUUAUCCACGAUCUUUGUCAAAGCGUCUGUUCCUCUGCGAGCACCGCCGGUCGAAGGCAAAGCGAUUCGUCCAGAAAGCGAGUUUUGUGACGCUGGUCGUACAAAAAAACUGGGAUGAGGACGCCGAAACGCCGUUCACAAUGACCGGUCAGGCCGAGGACACCAAGAGUCAACCGACGUUGCUGUCGUCGAAGCUUCUUCUGCAACACCAAGCGGUGGAAGCGGCUUUAAAUCGCCAUGUCUUUGUGUGGAAGGAAAUAGAGAAAAGCCAAAAGAGGGGCAUUUCUAAAACACCUCGCAGUCACACCGUUCCAGUGAGCGAAAUUGUAGCCAUCCACCAUGCAGAAGACGAGGAACACCCAAAGUCCAAGUGGGACCAGAAGAAGAAGCUACAGUUCUCCCAGCUGUUUACCAAUGCCUUCACAGUUUACUAUGUGACGAGGACGAAGCAUCACCGAUGGCGCUGCAGUGAAGCCACGUUUUCCUGCUCCAGUCCGGAACUGUGUGAGCAGUGGAUCCAAGUUACAAGGGAACAGCUGUCAUUACUCACCAACCGACCAAAGCGACUGCUGGUAUACAUUAACCCGUUUGGGGGUAAGAGGCGCGGGAGGCGUAUUUAUGAGGAGAAGGUGGCUCCCGUGUUUCACCGAGCCGGCAUCUUCGCCGAUGUGAUUGUUACAGAGCGUGCCAAUCACGCCAGAGACCACUUGACGACGGAGGCCAAUCUGGACGAGUAUGAUGGGGUGGUUUGUGUGGGUGGAGAUGGGAUGUUCAGUGAGAUUCUACACGGAUUGGUAGCCAGGACCCAAACCGACAACAAGGUGGACCAGAACCGACCCGAUGCUGAACUAAAGUCAUGCAUGCUACGCAUAGGAAUCAUUCCAGCAGGGUCAACCGAUUGCAUCUGCUUUGCCACUGUUGGAACAAAUGACCCAGUCACGUCUGCUUUACACAUUAUCAUUGGUGAUUCCCAGCCAAUGGAUGUGUGUUCUGUUCACCACAAUGACGUCUUUCUGAGAUACUCAGUCUCAUUGCUUGGGUACGGUUUCUAUGGAGACGUGCUGGCAGACAGCGAGAAGAAGAGAUGGCUCGGUCCUGCUAGAUAUGACUUAUCAGGGGUAAAAGCUUUCCUGUGUCACAAUCACUAUAAGGGCACUGUCUCCUUCCUGCCCGCUGAGGACAACCUGGGGCAUCCGAGGGACAAGCUGCAGUGUCGAUUUGGGUGCAGCAUCUGUCAGCACAAGCAGUCAUCAAAGGACAAGCUCCGGGAGACGGCAGACGAGGAGACGGCUGCUGAAGUCAGCAGCAGCAGCAGCUGGAAGGUGAUCUGCGGGAAGUUCAUCGCCAUCAACGCAGCCAACAUGAGCUGCGCCUGCCCCCGCAGCCCCAAAGGCCUGUCGCCCUCCGCUCACCUGGCCGACGGCUCCGCAGACCUGAUCCUGGUUCGGAAGUGUUCCCGUCUGGACUUCUUCCGACACCUUCUCCGACACACCAACACAGACGAUCAGUUCGACCACUCUUUCGUUGAGGUUCAUCGUGUGAAGAAGUUCCACUUCGAGCCGCUGGACCCUCAACCUCUUUUGCUGGAAAACCAGAGUGAGCUUCCAAAAAAGCCGGGCUUUUGCCCCAUGGGCUCGACGCAAACAACCUGCAUCCCCAGCGCAGCGCACAGCAGCUGGAACUGCGACGGCGAGAUCUUGAAUCACGCCGCCAUUCAAGUCAGCGUCCACUGCCAGCUGAUCCGGCUGUUUGCCCGCGGCAUCGAGGAGCAGCAGCAGUGCGUUUGAAGACCGUCCUGCGCCUUUUAGCAAAACAAGUAGGAAUGCUGAAGAGGAACAGAAGCAAGAAAUAAUGUUUGUUUCCACUCUUAGACUUUGAUUUAGAAGUAAAGGUGAAGGAGAGAGGAGAUCUGGAAGAGAGCUGGACUCAAGCAAUCAUGAGAAGCUUCCAGAAUGUAGACGUUCCUGAAGUUCAAUCAAUCAACUGUAGUUUUAUGUAUUAUUCUGACCAAAAAAGGAAAAUAGUUUGACCCUAAGGAUAUUCGCUCUAAAGAGCUGAGAGGCCUGCUAACGGGCCUGAUGUUCUGCUGGUUGCUGCUGCACCUGUGGCUCCUGGCUUUGCUCCGCCCACCCCCCCACCCGGGAGGAGGCUCAAACACGCGCCAUGCUGUAGGACCUAAUCGAGGCUUGAAAACGAGCUGGAUUUAGCUCUUCGUAGCUGGAGGUCAAGCUGGUCUUGAUGUCACAAGCUAAGCUUUUGAUGAACUGACGUUUAUUUGUUUUAGUUUUUGCCGUUUCAGCAGGAAUGAAACCGCAUGCAGUAGGAAAAGCGACCCAGACUUUACAGGAAAAAGGUGCUGAAAAAUGAAUCCACUUUAACUCUUAUAUUGUGUUUGGGUCAAAAUUGAUCAGUUUUCAAGUCAAUUUUGACCCAAACAGAAAUAGGGAUUAAAUUAGCAUUAAAACAACAUGUAGCAACCUUUAGCAACCAACAACACCUAGCAUUACGCCUCCCAGUGGAGCUGUGGUUAUAAAUCAGUGUUUGAAAAAAAUCAAAACUGUCAUUUGUUUUAUUUUUUGCAGUGUUCAUAAUCGAUUGUUGUGUCGCUGUUCCGUAGAUUACAAAGAUCCUUGUUCAUCAGGAUAGCUCACUACUUCCUGUUUUUUCUCCUGAUAAACUGUGUUCUCCACAAUCUCUGUACGACGUGUCUAUUGUCUGUGAAGCAUGAAGGUGCAGAUGUGACGAUCGCUCACGUUCAGCCUGACAACUGCAAUAUUCGGACUUGACCAAAGCCAAGACAUUUCUCUGCUCUAUUUUUAGAUUGAUAUAAGCGGGAAAUGCAAAUCGAAAUAAAGAGAAUUAUGAAAAACUAA